CGUCCUACGUUUCACGGGCCUAAAUCUACAUCGUACACAAAUCGAUAUUUCAUUCAAUUUACAACACUAUAACAAGAGGAAUCACGUGCCAAAACCGACUGCAAGUCACAACAAACCGCGGUCUUAUAAAUUGAAACGGUCGGGCUAAUUAAAUCGUACGAAUGCGUGAAAAUGUUCGCUCUAUGUUGUGAAUGGAUGAGAGGAACAAAAGUCGUUUUCCUCGUACUAUUCUUUGGACACCUUUCGGCUCUUCCGGACACGAUACGAAUAGGUGGACUCUUUCACCCUGAAGAUGAUAAGCAAGAGGUUGCAUUUCGUUACGCAGUCGAAAGAGUUAAUGCAGACCGCACCUUACUGCCGCGAGCCAAACUAUUAGCCCAAGUCGAAACGAUUUCUCCGCAGGACAGUUUUCAUGCUUCGAAACGAGGUGAGGAAACGGUUGAAUUAAACUCAAGUUCCUAUAUUCAGGUAUCGGAUCAGAUGCUGAUAUCAGAUAAAUUAAACCAGAAAUCAUUUUGUUAACUUGUGUUUAAAACUUUAUUACAUCGAUUGCGAUAUUUUUUAUUAGUAUGUCAUCUUCUGCGAAGCGGAGUUGCAGCAAUAUUCGGCCCUCAAUCAGCACCCGCUGCCGCUCACGUCCAGUCCAUAUGCGACACGAUGGAACUGCCCCACUUAGAAACCAGAUGGGACUAUCGCACACGCCGGGAAUCUUGCCUCGUAAACCUUUACCCACAUCCAGCUGCGCUCAGUAGGGCGUACGUAGAUCUUGUUAGAGCUUGGGGUUGGAAAUCUUUUACUAUAGUAUACGAAAAUAGCGAUGGGUUAGUUCGUCUGCAGGAAUUGCUCAAAGCACAUGGACCUUCAGAAUUGCCUGUAUCUGUUCGACAGCUUCCAGAUUCUCAUGACUAUAGACCCCUUCUGAAACAAAUAAAAAACUCGGCCGAGUCCCACAUUGUUCUCGACUGCGCAACCGAAAGAAUAAGGGAUGUACUCCAACAAGCACAACAAAUCGGAAUGAUGUCGGAUUACCAUAGCUACCUUAUCACAUCUUUGGAUCUUCACAGCGUAGAUUUGGAAGAGUUUAAAUACGGGGGAACAAAUAUAACUGCUUUAAGACUGCUCGACCCGGAACGAGCAGAUGUUCAAUGGGUGGUGCGAGAUUGGGUUUACGAUGAGGCAAGAAAAGGUCGAAAAUUGCAAUUAGGACACACGACAGCUAAAGAAAAUAUGACAUUUAUAAAGACAGAAACAGCUUUGAUGUAUGAUGCAGUACAUUUGUUCGCGAAAGCGUUACACGAUCUCGAUACAUCUCAGCAAAUCGACGUGAGACCGCUCUCCUGUGAGGCUGAAGAUACAUGGCCCCAUGGGUAUAGCCUCAUCAAUUAUAUGAAAAUCGUCGAAAUGAAAGGACUAACCGGAGUUAUAAAGUUCGAUCAUCAAGGAUUUAGAAGCGAUUUCACUUUAGAUAUAAUCGAAUUGACAAGGGACGGUCUCCAAAAAGCUGGAACUUGGAAUUCGUCUGAAGGAGUUAACUAUACGAGAUCUUACGGCGAGAACCAAAAACAGAUCGUUGAAAUUUUGCAAAAUAAGACUCUUGUAGUGACAACAAUUUUGAGUGCUCCGUAUUGUAUGAGGAAAGAAGCGAGCGAAAAGUUAACAGGCAACGCACAAUUCGAGGGCUACGCAAUAGAUCUUAUUCAUGAGAUAUCUAAAAUUCUGGGCUUCAAUUAUACAUUCAAACUGGCUCCUGACGGUCGAUACGGGUCGUACAAUCGUGAAACCAAAGAAUGGGAUGGAAUGAUUAGGGAGCUUCUCGAGCAAAGAGCAGACCUUGCCAUAGCAGAUCUCACCAUUACCUACGACAGAGAGCAAGUGGUCGAUUUCACGAUGCCAUUCAUGAACCUCGGCAUUUCAGUGCUUUACCGCAAACCAAUAAAGCAGCCCCCGAACCUCUUCUCAUUUCUUUCUCCUUUAUCACUGGACGUGUGGAUUUAUAUGGCAACUGCCUAUUUAGGGGUUUCUGUGCUGCUGUUUAUAUUGGCAAGGUUCACUCCAUACGAAUGGCAUCAAACGCAUUCACCUGAGGGCGAAAAAAUGGAGAAUAUUUUCUCUCUAGCAAACUGUUUGUGGUUUGCAAUCGGAUCUCUAAUGCAACAAAGCUGUGAUUUUUUGCCCAAAGCCGUUUCAACUCGCAUGGUGGCCGGGAUGUGGUGGUUCUUUACUUUAAUCAUGAUAUCAUCUUACACUGCCAACUUGGCUGCGUUCUUAACCGUCGAGAGAAUGGACUCGCCCAUUGAGAGCGCAGAAGAUCUCGCAAAACAAACUAAGAUCAAAUACGGAGCUUUGAAAGGAGGGUCAACUGCAGCAUUUUUCAGGGACUCAAACUUUUCAACAUACCAGCGAAUGUGGUCAUUCAUGGAAUCCGCCAGGCCAUCAGUAUUCGCAAAUACUAACAAGGAGGGAGAAGAAAGGGUGGUGAGGGGGAAGGGCGCUUACGCUUAUCUAAUGGAGUCUACGACCAUAGAAUAUGUGGUGGAAAGGAACUGUGAUCUAACGCAAGUCGGAGGGAUGCUCGACUCUAAAGGAUAUGGAAUUGCUAUGCCACCAAACUCGCCGUAUCGCACAGCCAUAAGCGGGGCUGUUUUGAAACUUCAAGAAGAAGGAAAAUUGCACAUUCUCAAAACGAAAUGGUGGAAGGAAAAACGCGGUGGAGGUUCAUGCAGGGAUGAAACUUCCAAGUCCUCGUCAACUGCAAACGAGCUAGGUCUAGCCAACGUGGGUGGAGUUUUCGUUGUCCUCAUGGGAGGAAUGGGAGUAGCAUGCGUGAUCGCGGUUUGCGAAUUCGUAUGGAAGUCACGUAAAGUAGCCGUCGAUGAACGGAAAGAGGAGGCGUCACUAUGCUCGGAGAUGGCGUCUGAAUUGCGUUCGGCGCUCAAGUGCCCUGGUAGCGCGGGUGGGGGCAGUGGCAGCGGGGCAGCGCGGGAUGGCGCGGGUUCCCCAUACCUUCACUACGGGUUCAGUACAAAGAGCCAACUCCACUAGCAGCCGGGACCCGCCGUCUCGCCCCCCAGUGACGUCUAGACACAGUGGCUGAACGACGGCGAUGUCGUGGACACAACGUGCCAACAACGGUGUUGUUUUCACGGAUUGAGCACGACGAUUUUAAUGUCGGAGUGGGACUUUGAGUGACGUUUUUGUCUUCGGUUACUCUAAUAGAAUCGUAUGCUACUUCUGAAACGGUCAUGUAAUGGUUAAAAGUCGAGAAUAAAAUGGACAACGAAUUGUUUUUUUAAUACGAACAAAUAAAAUGGAAUUUUUUUUUUAUUAAUGAUGACUAACAAUUUUGAUUUGGCCGGGUUAGAAUCUGGAAUGUUGAUUGAUUAUGAACGAUGUACAUACUUUAUUUAUUGAUGCUAUUGCUCAAAGUUGAAUAAAAGUUUCAGCUCAAAAUAAGGAGCGUUGCGAAAAAAAAAAAAAAAAACAAUAAUGAGCUUACAUUUGGAAGUAAGCUGAAAAAAAUUAAAUUAAAAAGACAAUAAUAUACCCUCGAGCU